AUGCGACUGCUGCCUGUUGACAGUGGCAGUACGGCUGGAUCGAGACGACGGGCAACGAUGACACGCAUACGUACGGGUACGUUCGGAUUGCGGCAAAACACGGUUCCUAAUUUAUACGCUACCAUAGCGACGGAUUCAACGGCGAUGGAAAGCGCCAUCAUGGACACGGCGGAUGCGCUGGCCAGCAGCCCCGCCGAGAUGGUGGACGUCCAGGAGGAGGACGUUUCAUCAUCGAUCCACCCGCAUCAGUCGGCGGCUACGGUUCCGCUAAUGAACGAAAUCACCGUCACCCUGGCGGGCACCACCGCCGUGGACGAGGAGGAUGGCGAUAAUAAGUACGAUGUCGCUGAUAAGGACGAGAGCGAUUUGCCCGUUAUUGAUUUUGCCAGCGCAACGAACCACAACACAACCGAACCGCAGGCGACGCCACCAGACGCGACCGAUGAUAAGAUGCGGUGCUACGGGACGAAUGUGGCGGAAGAUAACGAAGCGAACGCGAUGAUGAUAGUGGAUUCGGUCGGUGCCACCGAAACGGCGCACUGUAGCAGCAAUAGCAGCACCACCAGCCACAGCAGCAGCAGCAGCAGUAGCACUAGCAGCAACAGCAACCACAGCAGCAGUAGCAGCAGCAGCAGUUCCAGCGGCAGCAGUACCACUGGAAGCAGCGCAACCCACCCCGAGCCGGAUGAGGUUGAAGCGGAAGAGGAAGAGGACGACGAAGAAGAGGAUGAGGAAGAAGGAGUCCACCACGUGGACGGGCAAGAGCUGCAUGGCGAGGAACGCGUGGCAACGGUCGUAGAUGAGUCCACGAGCGUGGACAAGCUGCACAUGAUGCAGACGGAUGACGAUCCGUUGCUGCAGGAAACGAUAAAUGCGCUCAUGAACGGAACGGACGGAAUCGAGGUUGUAAAUACGACCGAUCACCACACCACGACGACGGUGGUUUCGGCGGAUGCUGACAUUGCGGCCGUGGUUGCGGCUGAGAUGAGCACGCGACCGGCGAAUGAUGAGCUGGAGACGGAUCGGAACUACGAGUGCACGUACUGCGGCAAGCUGUUCACGCGCUCCAACACGCUGUCCUAUCACCUAAAGGUGCACACGGGCGAACGGCCGUUUAAGUGCAAACACUGCUCGAAAGCGUUCCGCGAACAGUACCGGCUCAUGAAGCACCUGAAAACGCACUCGAAAUAUCGCAACCGACGGCUCGAACGAGGACCACCGGAACACACCGACCGGGUGGUGACACAAAGCGUACGAGCUCACCUGCACCGGGGCGCUUCCGCAGCGCUGUUGGUCAGUGCGAACGGCUUGACGGUUGGGACGGGUGAGGAAGACUACGCCACCGGGGAUAGUGAGCGAUUUUUCAAGAGCUACGACAUGCCGGAUGGCACCGUUGCGAUGAAACUGGAACCGGAUAUUUCCCUGACGGAAGACGCCGACGUGACGGAGGUGGGUCCGGACGCGAUGCUUACUACGGAGGUCGUUGAUGCGCCGGAAGAACCCAUCUCCGAGGCACAGAUGGAUGCUAACGAUGCGCCGGAAGUUGUGCUGGCGGAUGGCAACGAUAUUCGCUACCAAAUCAUCGAGGAACGGAUCAAGUCGCUCCAGCGUGAGGUGCACCUGGUCAAUCAGAACCUCAACCGCGUCGAGUCGAAAGUCGACGGGUUAACGCGGAUCAUUUCGCUGUUCAUCGGCAAGCUGGAAGAUGAAACGGAUCUGGUCAAUCACGUCGCCCAGCAGCAGGUUCAGCAACAGCAACAGGUACUGUCGACGGUUUCCGGCGAGACCGGUGGAUCGAUGGUUCCCGUGACAUCGUUGACCGUUGUUGCACAACCACAGCAACCCACGGCGUCCAUUCCAUCCUCCUCGGCCACCUCGCCGACGGUUCAACCGAAGGCGAUUUUCCUCACGUCGACCUCCGCCAAUCCGCCGUCGGUUCAAUCACAAACAGCGCCGCAAACGGCGCACGUUUACACCACGGCAAACCUUUCGAUCGCCUCCGUGAGCCACAGUGGCCAAUCGACGGCUUCCAUCGUACCCCAUCAACCGGCGGUGCAAUCGUCAGUGACCAAAGAAGUCACUGCCCAAAUCGGAAGCACACACUACUAUCAAUUCGCGGAGCCACCAUCGAUGGUACACCCGAAAACGGAACCUCCGGCGACUCCGGUCACGACGACGCUCACGGUGCCCUCACCAUCGCCAACUCCACCGUUGUCGCAGACCCAACAGCACCUGGCACUAACGUCUGGUGGCACCAACGGCAACCAACUGCUCGAUUCAUUACCCGACAUUCCGGAGCUACCGAUCCGUACCGUGAGCGAUUUCCUCGAUCUCAACGAUCACUGCACGGACAACGAGCAGUUCCUGCUGCAAAUGAUGAUCCGGUUACACCAAGAAAUACACAACUCGCAGCCAUUCCAGCGCAACAUCAAGCGAAUGAUGGAAGCACUCGUCACGUACGAGGUCCUGUGCCAGUUCAGCUGGAGCGGCAAAUCGGCCAUCAAUGGGCAGUACACGAAGUACGUGUUCGGCAACAGCCUGGGCAUCAUCGAUUUGCUGACGAAAACGCUCAACCUCGGCAAGAGCGCUGAGGAGGCGGAAACCAACCAGAAACCGAUCUUUGCCGCGAUCCAAAGCUUCAUCAAGCACUCGCGGCAAAACAUGAUCCGCGACAGUCGCAAGCGUCGCGAACCGAUGCGCUCGUCAGGAAGUUCCAUGGCGCUGGCCGCGGGUGAUGUCGUAGCGGCCAUGGCAGCGGUGGAGGGAGUGGCCACCACUACCGCCACCAUCUCGUACCACGUGAACGGUACCGACCGGUUGCAGAUUAAGCAGAUAAAAUCGGAACGGCAUCAACACCACCACCAGACGGAGCUGGUGCAUCCGUUUUAA